CUUCAUCACCCAUGGCUCUUUGGGUUUGGAAUCUUAGCAAAAAAAGAGGGGGAAAGAAAGGAGCGCCCCAAAUUGCAUCCGUAGUCCACCGUCGCCUUCCCCUACCAGGGUCCACCGUCGUUGCUGCUCAGACUCGCCUCCACCGCUGCUCAGACUCGCCUCCGCCCUUGCUCAAACCUGCCGUCGCCGAUAGAAAUAGGGUAAAGAAGAGGAAGAGAAGGAGGAACAACUCCUUGAGCGGCUGGGCUACGGCGGGGCAACAUUCUGGCCAAGUUCUGGUCCCGGUACGUCACAGACUCAUUCCAGACAGACAAGGACACGUUGCAGAAACUUCAAGGAGCAAAAGACGGGCAGCCACAUCUUAUGCCUCAAAGCAGAGGAUCUUCUCUUCGUUCUCUCUGUGCCAUUUUUUCCCUAGAUGAAGACAUCAACCAGUCAUCCCCCUCCGCCGGUAACAGCGUGGAGGAGACCAUCUGCACCGGCACCGCAAUGGUACAAUAGAACAUCGACGACUCCUCACGCACCAACAUUUUUGACCCACUUGUCGGUUACUUCCUCAUCGGCAUUAAAUAUAGCCUCCCCAUUUUAGGCCUAGUCAAGCUCAGCGCCAGCCACGGCUCUCUUAAAAGGUUGCCUCGUCCUCUCCAAAGUUCAUUGCCAAAGACUUAUGCUGCUGCCACAGGAAUCCUUCACCACCACCACGAGGUCUGUCAUCAACGCCGUAAUCGCGGCCCACGCACUUACUGUUCGCCCGAUCAAGACCGCCACUAGGUUUGUCAUCAACGCCGCAAUCACAGCCCACACACGUACUGCCGACGCUGCCCCUUUUAAAUGGGGGGAGGAUGAUGGAGCUUGUUGCCAAUUGAUUCUCUCCCGCAGGCAUGAGUUCGUGGUUUUCACUAUGGACCGCCAUCACUCGACCUCGUUCCUAAAUGAGAGAAGUGUACAGCCGCCAGUGGUGGAGCAAUGAGCCAGUGACUAGAUACCAUUAUACCAUCAUCAUACCCCCAUCACCAUACAAGCACAUAUGGCCAUACGGGAGUGCAGAAGUAGGAAGAUCUGAAGAAGUCGCUGCUGCCACCAAGAAGUCGCUGCUGCCACCAACGAGACUUGGCAUCAUCACUACUUUCACUGUAACCACCAAGCAACACUAAGGUCUCGAAGAUUUGCAUCGGGCUAAGAAGAUUUGCUUGCAACCAACAAGUCACGUGUGAAGAUAUCAUGGGCAGAGGCAUGUUUUUUCUAAUUAUUUCGAAGGUGGCAUUGGGAUGGCAUGGGUCCACUGACAA